CUGUGACCACGCCUAGCAAACCGAGCCACACGAUCGUCUGAUUGAUCAGCGCUUUGCCGUUCAUUUAAAGCGCGUUUAUUCUCGAUAGUUCUAAGCAUUCGCUUUUAAGAGGCUUUUAAGAGCUUGUCGCUGGGGAAAAAGUGAUGGAGAGGGUCUGGCAUGGCCGGUGCUGUCACACAGGUGCCUCAUAAACUGAGAAGCAUUGGAUCCAGCCUCUCACACCCAAACCCACCUUAUGGCCUCCAUCUACCCGCCCUCAUUAGAGGACUCAGCUGAGGUGAAGGAGGGCUUCCUGUGCCCUCUCUGUUUGAAGGACCUCCAGUCGUUCUACCAGCUACAAGGCCACUAUGAAGAGGAACACUCCGGUGACAACCGGCACGUUGGUGGUCAGCUGAAAAGCCUGGUGCAAAAGGCAAAGAAAGCCAAAGACAAGCUGUUAAAGUGGGAUGGAGAUGAGCGGACAGACAGCAGCUAUAAAUCGUUUUAUUAUGGAGGAGUGGACCCCUACAUGUGGGAGCCGCAGGAGCUCGGAGCCACCCGCAGUCACGUGGAUUUUUUCAAGAAGCAGAGAGCUGCAAGAAUUGACCAUUAUGUGAUUGAAGUCAACAAAUGCAUUAUACGACUGGAAAAGCUAACAUCCUUUGACAGAACCAACAUGGAUGCAGCGCAAAUAAGAUCACUUGAGAAGUCAGUGGUAUCGUGGGUGAAUGAUCAGGAUGUGCCAUUUUGCCCUGAUUGUGGGGGCAAAUUCAACAUCCGCAACCGCCGCCACCAUUGCAGACUCUGUGGGUCCAUUAUGUGCAGAAAGUGCACAGAGUUUAUUCCUCUGCCACUGGCAUAUAAAUUAACCAGUGGAACAAGGGAGGCCCUGUGGGCUCCUGGCCAGAGUGGGUCUCCUGGAUCUGCAGGCCCAGUGAUGCAGCAGAUGUCUCGCCGCGGCUCCAUCAACAGCAUCUCAUCUGUCACCUCUGUGUUGGAGGAGAAAGACGAGGACCGUGUACGUUGUUGCCGUCACUGCAUGGAUGCACUUCUCCGGCAUCAGCACAAACUGGAGGAAAAAGACCACGUGCCUGAUAUCGUCAAACUCUAUGAGAGGUUAAGGACAUGUAUGGAGAAAGUUGAAGCUAAGGCUCCAGAGUACACACGCAUGGCAGAGUCUCUCAAUGCUGGGGAGAAGACCUGUAAUCUAGAGAAUGCUGCUGCACUGAGGAUGGAGAUACAGAAAUACUAUGAGCUCAUUGAUGUUCUGAGUAAGAAGAUACUCGCACUCGGACUGAAAGAUGAGGUCCAGCCUCACCCGAAAGCCCUGCAGCUGCAAAGGAUGGUGCGCUACACAGCUACACUUUUUAUACAGGAGAAACUGUUGGGACUGACGUCGCUCCCCACCAAGGAGAAGUAUGAGGAGCUUAAAGAGAAGAGAAGAGAGGAGCAGGAGAAAAGGGCGCAGCAGGAGAGACAGGCAGGCCUGGAGGCACAAAAACGCCGAUUGGAAAGUGAAAAUAACCUUCACGUAAAAAAAGCACAUGAGGAUGUUCCAGGUCCACGCAUGACGAAAGCCGGAGGCUGGCUGCCACAAUCAGACACUCUGCAGACUCGCUCUGAGCUGGACGACCCUCUGCUGCAACAGAUCAAAAACAUAGAGUCGUUCUUACGGCAGGCGCGGUCCGCCAACCGCACCGAUGAAGUGGCCAUGCUGGAGGAGAACCUGCGGCAGCUGCAGGACGAGUUUGAUGCUCAGCAGACCAGUCGAGCCAUCCAGCUUUCACAGAGGUUAGCUGAGGAGACAGACCUGCAGCAGAGACAGAUCGAACAUCUGCAGCAGAGAGAGCUCGAGUACAGGAACCAGUCAAAACACUCCUCCUUGGAUUUCAGAGACCGAGAAGAUGUUCCGAAAAGAGAAGAGGGAGAACAUUUAAUUGGAAGCCCUGGGUCUUCAAAGUCUUUAUCACGUCUAUUAGGAAACUCUCCUCCCUUAGAGAGGCAAAGAGAUAAACACACACCAACUGCACCCACCAGAAACCCCUUUGACGAGGAGCAUUUCUCUCCUGCUGAGGAAGAACCGACAAACUCUCAGACAGCCAAUGGAAAGAAAGAGUACAACCCGUUUGAGGAAGAAAACGAUGAAAUGGAAGAUACAGGUACAGCUAAAGUGAAGUCAGCUAGAAAUCCUUUUGAAGAUGAAGAUUAUGAAGAUAGAGGUAACCCUUUUAAAGAGGUUUCCGAUGAGAUUCCAGCUGCCUCAACCAAUCCAUUUGAUGAAGAGGAUGGCUCAGCAGCUGAUGACAUGAUUGAGGAAGAGCUACUUCUACAACAGAUCGGUAACAUCCGGGCAUAUAUCUUUGACGCCAAGCUAAGCGGACGCUCUGAUGAAGUGGAGCUUUUGUCUGAGAACCUAAAGGAGCUGCAAAAAACACUACAAGAGCAGAAAAGAAAAAAAUAGUGGCCGUCACAAACUUUGUUAUCUGUAACUGAAAACAAGCCUCACCAAUUACAAAACAAACUGUGUAAGCUACUGAUGCACUAGAGAAAAAUCUAAAACAAAUUAGAAGUUUCUGUGCAAGAACGCAUAGUAGAAGGGGAACAAGACAAUUCUUGAUCAGAACAACUUGAUUUCUGUCUUAGCUUUGGGUAAUAUUCAAGUAUUUUAUGUGAACAAAAUCUUAAUAUGUAGUCUCAAGUCAUAUAAAUAGGUAGGUUUUAUGGAAGUGGUUGAAUUAACCCUUAUCUGGUUAAGAUUUUCUGUUCAGCAAAGUCAGUAUUUCAUGCACACUGCUGCUUUGAUUCAGAAUACAUUUUGCUUUAGAAUUUUAAGAAAAUCUGUUUAUCGAAGUCUAGCAUGAACGCACACCUGCAGCUUUGAACUUUUUUUAUUAUUAUUAUUAUUAUAUUGAUCUAAUGGAUAACCAGCACUUCACUAAAUAGAAACCCUGAUUUCUUUAUUUCUAUCCUUGAAACAUCAAAGGAAUAUUUCACUCAAACAUGAAAAUCAUUUCACGUUACUCGUCGUUCCAAACCAAUGUCGUUUUUUUUUUUUUUUGGAAAAGUAUUUUUAAGAAGGUUUUUGUGCAUACAAUUGAAGUUGAUGCUGUCAAAAACAAAAAUCUCUCACAAUUAUUAAUUUUGGGGUGAAUCGGUUUAAUAUUACAGAUUUGCCUAAUCAAUGUCAAAUGUCUAAUUUAGUCUGUAUAUAUUGUUUUAUACCAUUAGUAGUACUCAUUUCUGUUGCACUUAAAUGAUUUAGCAAUUAUACAAAUACAUCCAAUGCUAUGGAAACCAGUGUUGCAGUAACAAACUUAUGCAUAUGGUCAUCAUAAUUGCCUGCUGCUCCUCUAAAUAGCUGUGCAGAAACUGUACCAUUUGUGUUAAAUCUCAAUUCUGCUUGCGUGUUUCAUUAAUGCUUCAUUUGUGUGCCCACCUCAAAAAGACAUGAAACACAACUGACGAGUUCUGUCUUGUAUUAACUCGAGGCUUUUCGUGGACAGUGAGAACAGACAGCAACACUGUGGCUGAAUGCAAUGCUUUUUGUAAUUGUAUUUAUGUUUUCGUCAUCAGAGAAACAUAUUGUGACUAACAACCUAUCCAUUAACGUUUGGAUAAUGUUGUGCGUUUACACUGAGCAAUAUCAGGUAUCAUAAAUGUUACACUAAUAAUUAAUACAAUUCUGUGAUUCUGUUUCAUUCGCUGAAUGAAAAUGUGGUGAGAAUUUUCUUUAGGCAUUAGUUUUGUAGUUAUUCACUCAAGAAUAAAUCACCAAAUUUUUUAUUUUUUU